AUGGCGUUUGCAAGAUCCAGACCGAUUGGCGCGGUGCAAAGCCGCGAGUCGGUCAGAAAUGGUACCCCUCGAACAGAUGCGAAGUCGGUUUGGGGCAGUUACGAUCUGUCUUUGCUUGCUCCCAACCACAACGUCUCGCAGUCUUUGAGCGCAACGAGCCGGGAGAUCAAACGCCAAAUCUCCAGCAUGGCCACUGUUGGAAAUCGUCAACAUCCCCUCAAGGUUUCAAGAAAGCUGGGAUUCGAAAAGCAUGGGCUUAAUCUGGACGGCGCCAGCCUCGAGUUCGAUCGAAUAGCGCCAGGUUCUUCCAAAUUCGCUCCGCGCUCACGGAUCAACGGUUAUCAGAUAUCCAAGGACACCGAAGCAUUGCAUCACAACAAGGAGGCCGAUCAGAGCCAUACAAUGUCUGAAGAGUCCGACGAAGAGUAG